GCAGAUUCCGCUUAUGCGUGCGGUGAUUUUGUAACCUGUUUGGGCUCUCAGGGGUGCAUCUUAAUCUGAACCAAGCAGUGGCGGGAGGGAUUCAUUUCAGCCCAUAUUUAUAUUUCCUUCUUUCUCUCUGUGUGUUUUCAUAAAUCAGCUGCGGGCAGCCACUCAGUAAAACAUAUGAGGAGAAGAGUUUAGAGAAACCACUGACCCCAACAAGCAGCCAAAAGCAUUUAACAGUAAUAAACAGCUCCUUCCUGUCCACAUCAGCGUGAUGAUUCUGUCACAGACUUUGACUUCAUGAGAGGAUCUACAGGUUCUGACUGCAGGAUUUAUACAGCACAUUUUCACGGACUCUCUGGUGCCAGCCUGGAUUCCUCACAAACAGAAAGCCAGUCCUUGUGAAACUAUGACCCCUGACAACCUUCACAUGGUCCUAGAUACUUCAUAUUUGUGCUGCCACCGAAAAAAACUGGCUCCAGUCUUAGGGGAAAUGCUUCAGCCACAGACAAGUGCACUGUAUAGGUUGAAAUGAGUUUGCACCCAAGAGGAAUCCCAACAUGAAUCGGUAUACGACUAUCAAACAGCUAGGAGAUGGAACAUAUGGUUCUGUCCUCCUGGGAAGGAGUAUUGAAUCUGGGGAGCUUCUUGCCAUUAAGAGGAUGAAAAGGAAGUUUUACUCGUGGGAGGAAUGCAUGAAUCUUCGAGAGGUUAAGUCCUUGAAGAAACUCAACCAUGCCAAUGUGGUGAAGCUAAAAGAAGUUAUCCGAGAAAAUGAUAAUCUGUACUUUGUGUUCGAAUACAUGAAGGAGAACCUUUAUCAGUUGAUGAAAGAAAGGAAUAAAUUGUUUCCGGAAACUACUAUCAGGAAUAUUAUGUAUCAAAUUCUUCAAGGGCUUGCAUUUAUACAUAAACAUGGAUUUUUUCAUAGAGACUUGAAACCUGAAAACCUCCUUUGCAUGGGACCAGAACUUGUGAAAAUAGCAGAUUUUGGCUUGGCACGGGAAAUUAGGUCCAAACCUCCUUACACGGACUAUGUAUCCACAAGAUGGUACAGGGCUCCAGAAGUGCUCUUGAGAUCCACUAACUAUAGUUCUCCCAUUGACAUCUGGGCGGUUGGUUGCAUAAUGGCAGAGGUUUACACCCUCAGACCCCUCUUCCCAGGUUGCAGUGAAAUUGAUACUAUUUUCAAGAUUUGUCAAGUGCUGGGGACACCAAAAAAGAAUGACUGGCCUGAGGGCUACCGGCUUGCAAGCACCAUGAAUUUUCGUUGGCCACAGUGUGUGCCAAACAACCUGAAGACCCUCAUCCCUAAUGCAAGCAGUGAGGCAAUACAGCUCAUGAGAGACAUGCUGCAGUGGGACCCCAAGAAACGGCCAAUGGCAUACCAGGCACUUCGCUAUCCUUACUUCCAGGUUGGCCAAGCUUUGGGCCCCUCAUCUUGUAUUCAGGAGGCUGGAAAAUCACAGAGAGACCUUCCUGAUAAAGCCCAAAUCCACACGAAGCCCAUCCCACCUACAGAGCCUCCACCUCAGCCAAACGUUCGCCUCUCAUCUAGACCAUUCCAACCCAACCAGCCAUCUCAUCCCCUGAUGUACCCAUUCAAAACAGACACUUGGGCGAAUGGCCAUUUGAAGAAUUACAAGGCCAGUCAGGUGGUUUUACCAAAUAUUCACAGUAAAAUUCCUCAGCAGAAAACAGCCACUGAGACGGAGCAGACAAAGGGUGAGCUGAAGCCAAAGAACAGGCGUCAGUGGGGAAAUAUGGCUGCCACAGUGAAAAGUUCUGAGGACUGGAAGGACUUUGAAGAUUCUGCGGAAGGGUCUUCCCUUCCCAGAACUGACUUCCAAAAUAAAGGACAGACUGAGGGAGCUCUUUCUAGAUUUGAAAGUAUUUUAGACUUGAAGCCUUCAACCUGCAUUGGAACUGGCAACAGUGCUCCUUCCUACCUUCGGCAGGACACACCCACAUUACAGGUUUCCGCAGCCAAACAGCAUUACUUGAAACAUUCUAGGUAUUUACCUGGAAUAAGCACAAGGAAUAAUUUAAUAUCCUCUUCAAGCAAAGAUUCCACCCCUUCUAAUCCAUGGCCCAGUUCUAAUAUUCCCGGAAAGUCAACUGUGGUGGCAGGAGGGAUCACCAAGCUGAAUUCCAGCCACACAGGACCAGGUGAAGUGACUGGUGUUUACAUCUCUUCUUUUCCAAAAAAAGAAGUUGGCUCUGCUGGCCAGAGAGUCCAGUUGGUGCCACUCAUUGAUCUUCCCCCUGCCAAACCAUCUUCUCAGUAUGCUCAUCUGAAGUCUUUCAGACCUCAUAUUGGGAGGCCAGCAUUUAAUAUACCAAUGAGAAGCACACCGGGACUACUGCCACGUCCACCAAUGGUCCAGCCAGUUCACGGACGAAUUGACUGGUCUUCAAAAUAUGGCGCUCACCGAUGAAUUCUCAAGUUGAGUGUGCCUUUUGUGGAACAAUGACCAAUGCUAAUAUAACCUCCAGUAACAUUUCACAAGCCAGCAGCUUUGCAUAUUCUUUGUGACCAAGAAAUUUCAAGACUGUUUGAGAUGUGUAUGUGUGUAUAUAUAUAUAUUCAAAUACAAAAUUUUCAAAUACAUACAAUUAAGAAUAUAUGUGUUCUGAGUUGUAUGUAUUUGAAAGCAAACUUGUACCAUUUUUGUAUUGUUUUUAUUAUAUGAGCAGGACAGUUAUUUUCAUAGAACCAUAAAAAUUUGUAUAUCAGGCUUAGGAUGAACUUCUUUUGCAUUUUUAUAUGACAAACUUUGAAAUUAACUUUUUUUAAGAAAAAUAUUUUUCCUUUGGGAAUCAUGUUUUUAUAUAAGUGAAUAAAUGUAGCAAAUUGAUGCAGUAUUUCACAUAAUUAAGGUACAGUUAGAAGAAAGAAAAAGGCAUUUACCAAAUAUUUUAUUGUAAGUUCUAGAAUGGCAUGUAGGGCAAGCAGCAAAUUAAGCAUAAGAGUUAGACCAUUAACAGACCCACGAUGGCACACAUCCCACUACACAGUUCCUGAACUUGAACCGUAUUUCCACCAGUUCAAUUCUCCCAUUACAGAGCCUCAUUUUGUCAUAUUCUUUGGGGUAUGCUGACACCCCCCCCCCCCCCCCGAAUAAAAUCUGGGUGUGUUCAGAUGUAAGAUUAUCAAAAUUUUGACGCUAUCUAUAGAAAAUCUUUUUUUCCCUGGAAAACCCUUAGAAAUCUUUGGAAAAAUUAAAAUAUGCACUAUUUAUUUUCCUAUCAAAAUUGUUCUGCUUUAACAAAAAAUACAUCAUUAAUCACUUAAUUAGCAUUGGCAUAUUUGUGUAGUUUAAAAAUACAAAGGUCUUGGAUUUCUAUAAGCAAAAUUGUAAAUAUACCCAGUUCAUGAGAGAAAUGCAAAUUGUUGUACCUUAUAGUAUCUUAAUUUUUGCCAUCUAUGUGGCAGGAUAAAAUAAAAUCAUUAAACAAUG